AUGCCACGCUGCCAGAAUCAGAGGAGCUUAGACAAGCUCAGGCUUCGAGUCGUGCACAGUCUCGCCGGGGACGACAAAGACACGAUUGACAAGUGCGUGACGUUUGCACUUGAGAGAUUUGUGAAAGAGUUGGAGCUCUGUUUCCUCGGAGCCGAAAAUGAGGUUAGCUUCUACCAGGUCCCCCAAGCAGUUUUCUCUUCACAUUUCUUGGUUAGCUUGAAUUUGGAGAAAGUUAAAAUUGAUUUCAUAACUAGGGAUAGAGUUAAUGAUCCUUUAACCCUACUGUCACUGAGAACCAUGUCCCUAAAAGAGGUUGAGAUCGAUGACAUUGAUCUUGAGAUAUUACUUAAGGGGAAAUAUGUCCCUCGCCUCGAGCACUUAGAAUUAAAUCUAUGUGAUCUUGGCGACCAGGCGGACGAGCCCAGAUCUCUUCGAAUGUGGGAUUCAAGUCUUAAAUCAUUGGAAAUUAUCGACUGCCAUCAAUAUGUAUUUGAAGUUGUGGAGUGUGUCAAUCUUGAGACUUUUAAGUUCAUUUCCGACUGUUCAUGUGCCCGCCAUGUUGUUUUGACCGUGUGGCAAUGUGACAAUCUGAAGCAUCUCUACAUUUAUAGUGUGGGGUUGAAACGCUUUCAUUUGCUUGGAUGCCCAACGAGUAUGGAGAGUGCGAUUUUCACUCCAAGUCUGGUGUAUUUUCUGUUUAGUGGAGUUGUGGAGACCAAGGUCCAUUUCUUGGAAUCUCCGCCAGGUUUGAUAGAUGCAGAAUUCAGAAUUCAGAAUUACCGGUGGACCUCUGAAUAUUAUUCUCUAUUGAGAGAACGUCUUGAAAUUUUUGAUUGCACCGGAAUAUUGGAGAGAGAUAUUCAUGAUGCUAAGGGUAUCAUAAUACCUGAAAAUUGCAGAAGGGAAUGGUCUCCACCAUUACCUCGUGUCAAGCAGCUGCAACUAACCUUUCUUCCAUUACCGGAUGGAGAUUAUCAGUUGGAUGACUUGGAUCCAUCCUUGACUUGGAUAGCACCAUCUGCAGAGAUUUUACCCCAUCGAUACAAUAGCAGUGUAGGACAACUGUAG